AUGGAGACAUCCAAACGUCAAAGAAUCGGGGAUUGGCCUCUCAUCGACGGCCUAGGGGAGCUCUACUUGACUCCCCUUCCCUCAAAGCCCUCGACGCCUGUGGAGAGAAGCCAUAAGCCGCCUUCGACGACCGGACUAGGAGGAACCUGCCCGGCAAUAGAGUUUUCCACCACGCUGCCCUCUCCGAGCUAUUCAACCGCGACUUCCUCCAGGCAUGAUUCCGUUGUCACCACAGACGACGUCGAAGAGCAGGAUCAGGCAGAUGAGGAUGAAGAAGAUGACUAUCGUCGCUGGAGUGUCAACCCUGAGCGGCCGCGAAAGAUCUCAGAGAAGAAGCGUCAGGACCACGCCAAAUUCCAGUCUUGGAUCGAAUCGAAUCAAGCCAAGGUGCUUGAGGCAGCCUCAAAGACCAAGGCACCGACGCAUGGAUCUAUUGCAUACUUGGUGAAGGAAAGUGAGAACCGAAGAAUUAUUCAGACUCCUCGCGAGUACCAGAUCGAGCUCUUCGAAAGAGCGAAACAGAAAAACAUCAUCGCAGUCCUGGACACGGGCACCGGCAAGACCUUGAUUGCCGCUCUUCUGCUUCGUCACAUACUUGAGAAGGAGGUCGAGGACCGCGCACACGGAAAGCCUAAACGUACGGCUUUCUUUCUGGUUGACAAGGUGUCGCUGGUCUUUCAGCAGCACGCGGUUCUCGAGUGCAACCUGGAGCAUUCUGUCGCCCGGUACUGCGGUGACAUGGUUGACGAGAUGUGGUCAAGCGAGUUCUGGGCUAAACAGUUUGAAGAGAACAUGGUCGUGGUUUGCACUGCGGCCAUUUUGCAGAAAUGUUUGAUGCACUCUUACAUUUGCAUGCACCAGAUCAACCUCCUCAUCUUCGACGAAGCACAUCAUACGAAGAAAAACCAUCCCUACGCGCGCAUCAUCAAGGAUUUCUACAUCAGAGAGCCCGAAAAGGAGAAGAGACCCAAAAUUCUCGGCAUGACUGCGUCACCGGUUGACGCCCAGACGAACAUGAAGGUUGCCACUGCUCAAUUAGAGUGCCUCCUACACAGCGAAAUUGCAACCGUCUCCGAGGAAUCGCUGGCUUUGAAUCCCAACCAGCGGAAGAUUACAGAGAGGGAAAUCCACUAUACGCCUCUAGUGAGAUCGUUUGAAUCGGAACUCGUGCAGAAAAUACGGGCACUUGUUCGCAGGAACCAGCUCUUUGACAAGGAGCUCCAAUGGACUACCACCGUCAUGGCGGAACUCGGUCCGUGGGUAGCAGAUCGCUUCUGGAAGCUUUACCUUACCGACAACACGAUUGCACGACUGGCGAACAGAACAGAUAUCAACUACUCGGGUUUCGACGGUAAUGGCAAGCAUACAGCGGCAGUCCAAAAGCUUCGGGAUAUCAUCCAAAGUCACAACUUUAAGCCACCCGCACUGUCUUUGGAUGAUGUGUCAAGCAAGGUCCUCCGCCUUUGGGACGAGCUGAAGGUCCGAUUUUCUCAGCCAACUGAUCAUCGGUGCAUCGUAUUUGUGGAAAUGAGACUCACUGCAGUGAUGCUCGCCGAGUUGUUCAAGCAGGACGGCAUGGACUUACCACACCUCAAGCCGGCAGCACUCGUCGGCAGUCAGGCCUCUGCAGGUCUCGGCAACAUGUCUUUCAAGGAACAGCUUUUGACCAUCACAAAGUUCAGGCGGGGUGAAGUCAAUUGCAUCUUUUCUACCCAAGUUGCUGAAGAGGGAAUAGAUAUUCCUGCCUGCAAUGUGGUUAUGCGAUUUGACCUUUAUAAGUCCGUCAUUCAGUACAUUCAGUCGAAGGGACGCGCAAGACAACAAGAUUCAGAAUAUCUUUCCUUCGUCGAGUUAGGCAAUGGAAGACAUACUCGAGCGGUAGCGCAAGCCACGUAUGAUCAAAGCGUUCUCCGCCGAUUUUGCAGUGCGUUACCGGAAGACAAGAAGAUCAUGGGCAUGGACAUCAAUGCCAGCGUGAUGCAAGCAGAGUUGCACUACCAGACUUACACCAUCAAGGAGACCGGCGCCAAGCUGACGUGGAUGUCUAGCCUAGAGGUGUUGGCCAACUUCGCAUCAUCACUGCGCCAGUCCAGCGAUGAAGUCUUGAUGCCAGAGUAUGUGGUGACCAACCAGGGACAAUCCUUCAUCGCCGAGGUUCAGUUACCGGCAAAGUCCCCGAUUCUUAGCAUGACGGGAAUGCCACACAAGAGGAAGCAGGCUGCCCGCUGUUCUGCGGCAUUCGAGCUGUGCAAGGAGCUAGUCAAGAAGAAGUACAUCGAUCUCAACUUACAACCAAUCUUCACCAGGAAGCUACCUGCGAUGCGAAACGCCCGUCUAGCAAUCAGUUCCAACAAAAGGGCAGAGUACAGGAUGCGUACCAAGCCUGAAAUCUGGUCACGAGUUGGUGUUUUUGAUCAUCUGUACGUCACAGUACUGGCACUUGGUUCGCCAGACGCAGUUGGCAAAGAGUCGAAGCCGCUGCUUCUCCUCACCAGAGAGAAGUUGCCCGACCUUCCUCCUAUACCACUGUUCUUUGGAAACGAUCAGAAGUCUAAUACUUUCGUCGUGUCCCUGCCGAAGCCGAUCAAUAUGUCUCCAGCAAAUUCAGAGCUUCUGAAGAAGUUCACCCUUCGUGUUUUCAAGGACGUUUUCAGCAAGGAAUACGAAGCUGCGGUCUUCGAUAUGCCUUACUUCCUCGCUCCGACCGCACAGAGUCAUUCCGCCGACUAUCAACAUGCCGACGCAGCUACACUAGUUGACUGGAACCACCUUCAAGCGACCAACGACAAAGACUAUCUAGACUGGGACGACAGCACCUCAGAUGAGUUUUUUACUGACAAGCUCGUAAUCGAUCCUUACGCGGGAUCUCGCAAGCUACGCUUGAGGGGAGUUCGCAAAGACCUGAAGCCAAUGGAUCCCGUGCCCGAUGGCGUUCCUGACCCUGGCCACAGGCCGUGGCGCGACUCAGCAGUGGAGAAGAACAUCAAGGAGUACAGCGUCAGUCUCUGGAUGAAAAGUCGUCUUAAGCGAACAUGGCGCGAUACGCAGCCUGUGGUCGAGGCCGAAGUGAUCUCACUGAGACGCAACUUGCUGGAUGACUUCGUGGAGGCCACAAAUGGAGAGUCCAAGGUCUGCUACGUGAUAUUGGAGCCCUUGAGGGUCUCGACUUUACCUAUGGAGACAGUCGCCAUGGCAUUCACAUUUCCUGCCAUCAUUCAUCGCAUGGACCAGGUCUUGAUUGCCCUCGACUUGUGCAAGUUGCUCAAGCUCGACAUCCGGCCUGACCUGGCCCUCGAAGCCGUCACCAAAGACUCUGACAACAGUGACGAGCAUGACGCAGAGAAAAUCAACUUCCAAGGGGGGAUGGGCAACAAUUACGAGCGCCUGGAGUUCAUUGGCGAUACUUGCUUGAAAAUGGCCACCACUAUCGCCCUCUUUACCAACAAUCCAGACAACAAUGAGUUCCAGUAUCAUGUCGAGCGUAUGCUGUUGAUCAGCAAUCGGAACCUCUUGAACAAGGCUAUCGACCGGAACUUGCAGGAAUACGUGCGAUCAAAAUCCUUCAACCGCCGCAGCUGGUAUCCUCAGGGUCUCCGUCUCAUCCGGGGCAAGGAGGGCACUGUUGAUGCCAACCAUGCUCUUGCGGACAAAUCCAUCGCUGAUGUCUGUGAAGCCCUGAUCGGCGCCGCGUAUCUCACGUUCAGCGAUUCGAACAACUUCGACAUGGCCAUCCAGGCAGUCAGCGCCAUGGUGAACGAUGAGAACCAUCGCAUGACCUCAUGGGCAGACUACUACGCAGGGUACAAGCCUCCCUCUUGGCAGACAGAGCCAGCCUCCGCAAUGUACCGGGAUGUGGCCAGACAGGUCAAGAACAAGAUGGGAUACGACUUCAAGUCACCUGCGCUGCUGCGAAGUGCCUUUAAGCAUCCGUCGUGCCCUCAUAAUGUAUGCUCUCUGCCCAACUACCAGCGUCUCGAGUUCCUCGGCGAUGCUCUGCUCGACAUGGUCUGCGUCGACUUCCUCUACCACAAGUUUCCCAGCGCGGAUCCGGAGUGGCUGACCCGCCACAAGAGUACCAUGGUCAGCAAUCGCUUCUUGGCCUGCCUCUGCGUGAAGCUGGACCUCCAUAAGCACAUUUUGACGGCGCAGGCAUCGUUGCUGAGCCAGACUCAAGAAUUCGUUGCCGCUCUCAGAUUCGCCGAAGAGAGCGCCAGAGAAGAAGCUCUAAUGGAAGCAGUUCAAAACGGAGCUCCCGCCGACGGAGAACAAGGAAAAGAAGCGCCGGUGACCAAAGCUACAGGGAAUGCCACAACCGCCGCCCCGGUGAGCUACUGGCAACACGUAGAAGACGCGCCCAAAUACCUCUCCGAUAUGAUGGAAGCGUACAUCGGCGCCGUCUUCGUGGACUCGGACUACGACUUCGGCCAGGUCCGCGCCUUUUUCGAAGCCCACGUCCGGCCCUUCUUCACCGACAUGUCCCUCUACAGCGACUACGCCCUCAACCAUCCCGUCACCAACGUCUCGCACAUGCUUAGCAACGAUUUCGGCUGCGACGGCUGGCGCCUCAUGACCAACGAGGUCGUGCCGCCCGUCGAGGCCGGCGCUGGUGUCAUUACCGAGACGCAGGUCCUCUGCGGUAUCAUGAUCCACGGGCAGGUGUACUUCCACGCCACGGCUGCGAGUGGACGGUACGCCAAGGUCGCGGUCGCCAAAGUGGCUAUUAUGAAGUUUACGGAUAUGGAUAGGGAGGCGUUUAGAAAGGAGUUUGGGUGUGAUUGCCAGGAUGCGGAGGGUGAGUGUGGCACACAGCUAGUUAGUUGA